UCCAUCAGUCGGCAUUCUGCCCGAGGAAAACAAAGCGGAAAUAGCGCCACUGACGGACGGAAGUUUGUAUGUCCAAGAUGGCGCUGGACGGGAUCGAGCAAAUGGAUAUUGAGGACAGUAAAGGAGGAUCUGGUCUCCGACAGUAUUACCUGUCUAAAAUUGAGGAGCUUCAGUUGACAGUGAAUGAGAAAAGCCAAAAUCUCAGACGUCUUCAGGCUCAAAGGAACGAGUUAAAUGCCAAGGUGCGCCUCCUGCGUGAGGAGCUUCAGUUGCUGCAGGAGCAGGGGUCUUAUGUAGGAGAGGUGGUGAGAGCCAUGGACAAGAAGAAAGUGCUGGUCAAGGUGCAUCCUGAAGGAAAGUUUGUGGUGGAUGUGGAUAAGAACAUUGAUAUAAAUGAUGUAAUGCGCCUCCUGCGUGAGGAGCUUCAGUUGCUGCAGGAGCAGGGGUCUUAUGUAGGAGAGGUGGUGAGAGCCAUGGACAAGAAGAAAGUGCUGGUCAAGGUGCAUCCUGAAGGAAAGUUUGUGGUGGAUGUGGAUAAGAACAUUGAUAUAAAUGAUGUUAUUAUGGCAACAAACCGUAUUGACAUUCUGGACUCUGCGCUUCUUCGACCAGGCCGCAUUGACAGGAAGAUUGAAUUUCCCCCUCCCAAUGAAGAGGCCCGUUUGGACAUUCUGAAGAUCCACUCCCGGAAGAUGAACCUGACGCGUGGUAUUAACCUGCGCAAGAUUGCCGAGCUGAUGCCAGGAGCGUCUGGUGCUGAGGUCAAGGGUGUCUGCACAGAGGCAGGGAUGUAUGCCCUGAGAGAGAGGAGAGUCCACGUUACCCAAGAAGAUUUCGAAAUGGCAGUAGCUAAGGUGAUGCAGAAAGACAGUGAGAAGAACAUGUCCAUCAAGAAACUCUGGAAGUAAACAUUACAAAGUAAUCUGCAUUCUUUUUUUGUGUGUCUUUAAGUUGCUUUGUCACCCAAAUGUAUUCAAAAUAAAU